CCACAAAUCUCAGCUUAAUCCUCUCAAUACUUCUUCAAUCACCUCGGCUCCCCUCGCUUUAUUAUCGGUGAUUGCUGCGCAAGAAGAUGGAAGUCGCCGAGAGUACAGAGUCUGCGGUGAUGGGCGCGACACCUGGGAUGGACACUGCCAUCGCCAAUGGGGAACAGAACCUUCUCCUAGACGAUUCGAUAAUGGGUGACGACCGAUCGAGUAGUCUUAGUGAGAUUGAUGAUGUGUCCGAACAUAUACCAUCCGAUUAUGAGUCUCCCAAGCCGGAGAGGGUGGCACCGGAAAAUGACUCGGAAGCGGAAACAGAGCGCAUCGAGGACUCCCCAAACUUCCGUUCCAAAACAAACAUUGUCGUGAGUGCAGCUGCUUAUGAGCCAAGCCCCAGCAAACUGGCCCAGUCGACGACGUACGAUGAUGUCGAAGAUGAAGAGGAGCAUGCUGCAGACGAUUCACCCAGCAAGCCUCGCUCCAGAAUCACCCGUAUCAAUGACGUGGUAGAUGAGACUUCUGGGCGCGAGGGCUCUACGCUCUCCAUAGAAGGCACUGGCAAAAAACGCAAGCGCUUGGAGUCCGGCGACGAGCUGGGCACCGAGAUCGACGACGAUGACUUACCGUCACAGAAACGUCGGGGCUCAGUGAAGAGUGAUCUGAGCGAUCCACCCCCAGACGAUAUCGCUCUAAGCCCCGAACCCAUGGAAGACCGUUCUAAAGCCAUUGAAGAGGAUACACCGGCAGAUGAGACGCCUGGGUUAACCUCGCAUGCAGUCCCCACGAAAGGUAAAAGGGCAAAGAAGGGCAAGCGGAAAGGACGGAAAGCUAGAGAUGCAGAUGACGAUAUGGAUAACGGCAUUGGUGACAUGAGCGCCGAAGUCGAUGACAAUCUUGCGGAAGACGACACUGCUGAGCGCGGUGAGGAUGUGGACGACAGUGAAGCUGCUGCUAAACUUGAAGAAGAGUCAGCGAAACGAAUGGCUGCUAUGGAUUCAUUAGCCGUAUUAGAAAGAGAAUUCGCAACGUUGCGUGACAAAAUAUACGACGAGAGAAUCUCCAAACUGAAUCGGGAACUAGAAAUGUUGAAUGGUCCGAAUCCCACACACCCUGAAUUUUUGCGGCAGCUCGACUGCCUCGCCCGCUACAGAGACUCCAAGAUCAAAUAUGAGCACACGCUAUUCCAGUACCGAAUACAGGCUCUGCUGAACAAGAGUUUGGCUGAACGGGCGCAAGCACACAGUACAUAUUUCCAGCGGACUCGGGAUAUUCGCGAGAAACAUUCUAGUGCGAUCAGCAAACAAUUUUACUCUAUACAGCAUGAUCGAUUCAAGACGGACGACGUCAGUCCACAGCAUUAUAUUCCUUUCCCGACGCGUCGCUCACAACAAAUUGCGCAUCAAACAGCGUAUAAUCAAGAAGUUUCGAUUAUGGCCGGAGUCGCAAAAUACGUUGGCUUCCCUGCGGCGCCUUCGCUGUCUGCGGCGCGACCUUCCGAGCUGGAAGACGACCUGGAGAAAAUGGGCGUAAGUUGUCUCAGUCAUGCUGCAAAUCACCGGCAACCCCUGCUAACGUGCCCUUGUACUCAGAUAUCCAUCGAAACAAAACCCCCACUUACUCAACAGCAGCCUACUUUACCCCGGGGAACUAUGCCAGCCAUGUCAUCGAGCGUCUUCCGCACACCAGCAGAGGAGGCCUUCUUGGAGCAGACACCAUGGGCCAACCCGCAACAUCCCGUCCAUCAACACCAACAAUUUUCACAAAGACCCCAGACCCGAAUUUACGAGAAUCCCCGGGCCCCUGCAUACACUACCCCUGCUGCUCAAAAACGAGUGGUUGAUAUCCACGCGCCCAACGGCUCAGCCUCCACCAUCGCGGAAAAUUCAUCAGCCAAUAACACCCCGUUCGAUCAAGAACAAGCUCCUCCCAAUCUUGGCCAUUUCGUCAACCCCGAUUAUGAUGCAGACCGGAGGUCUGGAUUUCGGUCUCUAAGCUCCUCCCCGCUUGACGUGCGAAAACCACAUCCCGCCUCCUACAGCGCUUUUGACCACCGCUCCCCUCAAGGCGCCUCUCAGCAUGCUGCUUACUCUCCUCCGUCGGCCCGCCUGGGCCUUUUUCAAUCGGCCUCGUCCAAACGAGAGCCAUCUCCUUCGCUCUCCUCCCGGCCUGUCAACUCCUUACAUCAAUCGGCUGGUAUCCUGCCUGGCUCCAAUCAGAUGGCCGCUCGAUAGAACAAUACCUGUACACGGCAUGCAAUCACCUCACAAUAACGGCAAACGGGUUCGCAUUAGGGCUGGGCAUUUUCUGCGAUGUAUAGGGGUUUCUUUUAGGGUGUUCUAGAGAGUUCUUUUUUCCCCGCAUGUAUGUACGGAUUCGGGAUGUAUGACUUGGAAAUCACCGGGACGAAUUGAAACCUGCCAUCUUAUUCCUGUUUCUCUUGCUUGCUACGGUCUGGGACCGUCCU